AAAAGAACUGGCAAGUUCACUUUAUUAAAGUGCAAAAAAUACUCUUCAUUGUGUGGUUGCUGUGUUAACAUAAUUACAAUCUGAUGCUACGAGUUUAAUAGUUUCUUUGUUUUUGAGCUUGGUGUGUUCACAAAUACAUCCCCGCAAAUAAUAACCAAUUAUGCGUGAAUGCUUUUAAACUUAGCCAAUUAAACUUGGCCUCCUCUCCCAGAUUCCACCAAAUCUGUAUUGAAACGCUGUAAGUGGUGGAGAUGUUAACAGGAAGAAGGGCCCCGAACCAAAUUCUGCUUUAGGCCCGACAGAACCUUAGGCCAGCGCUCAUAAAUCAGAAAGCUUAGCCUUUGUUUGUCGUGGGUGUAGUCUGUGUCCACGGGGGGCGUGUGCACACGGAGGCGGGUACGUGUCGACGUCACCGCUCGCUUGAUUUCUGUCAGACCCAAAAUAAAACCACUGAAAAACUUUUCUAUCGGGACUCUAAGGUGAAAACACAUGUAGGCGACGACAUGAGGCGAUAUGAGAAGCCAUUGCCCUGUUUGUAGCGGCUGUAAAAACACGGCGCUGUCUGCGCGGCGGGAGAGGCUGUUGUUCUGUUUCUCCACUUGUCCUGGGGGUCUCGCUGGGAGAGCCAGUGGGCUGCUUUCAGUUUAGCCGAGCCGCUAGCUAACGUCAAGUUGAAGGAAAGUGGACAGAAGACGCCCACAACAACAACACCGGUGCUUGAACGGGGUUUAUCCGCCUACGGUGCCCUAUGCGACGGCUAGCAGGUGAGUGAUGGAGACGAGAGAGUUGAGCGUGGUGGCUGGCAGCUUCGUGGGCUUCCAGCUUCUCUUCUCGGUGGUCAGUCCCCGGCUCUCCUUAGCCGUCACGCCGGAUUACAAGCGUCUACCUCCCACCAAACUCACCGAAUGGAACUCCAGGUUGGUGUCUACUGUGCACGCCUUGAUCGUGGGGCUGUUCUGUUUGUACAUCCUGUGGUUUGACGAUGAUGUCAACGCCAACCCCGUCUGGGGUGACCCUAACCUGGUCAAACUAAAUGUAGCCAUAACCUGUGGUUACCUCCUUUAUGAUCUUGUUCUGCUAGCAUGUAACUGGAGCACAAUGGGGGACAGCUUUUUUGUCUGCCACCACUUGGCGGCGCUGUAUGCCUAUGGAUAUGUGUUGACACGUGGAGUGCUUCCAUAUUUUGCCAAUUUCCGUCUCAUUUCAGAGCUGUCCACGCCAUUUGUGAACCAAAGGUGGUUCUAUGAGGUGUUAAAGUACCCCCGCUCGCAUCGGAUGGUGGUGCUGAAUGGCGUUGCCAUGGCAGUGGUGUUCUUCGCCGUCCGCAUUGCCGUCAUGCCAUCCUACUGGGCGAGCGUUUUCGCCACAUUUGGUACUCCGGAGUUCGAGCGGCUAGGCCUGGGAGCCCAGGUGGCCUGGAUCACGUCCUGCAUCGCCCUGGAUGUCUUGAACACAAUCUGGAUGUACAAGAUCGCCCGCGGGUGCUACAAAGUCCUGACAGGGAGAGGAGGGCGAAAGGUUAAGGACGACUCAGAUGGAUCAUUUACUUCAGACAAGAAGCACGCGAACAACCACACGGACUAACGUCGGCUGAAGAAGAUUCAACCCCAGAUAGAAGCAGGUAUGGAGGCCUAUCUGUCGCCGCAGCAUAGGCAUCCCACCCACCCUCAGUCUCUGAGUCCUCAGGUUCUGACCCCAGCUGGGGGAUGAGGAGAGUGCUCCUUGACUCACUCAAGCACCAGCGAGCCCAACCUCACCGUUUUUCAGUUACUCUAUUGCUGGGAGGUAGCUUUCUUUGGUUGCAGACAACAGAUUAGUGGUCACAAGCACACUUUUAGCACCAUCUGUCACUCCUGUCUCUCAUCUCGUCCCAGCCUCCUCUCACCCUCAUGUUCAGCCAAAGCCCAAUCCUCUGAAGUGCCUGUGGAAAAACAGGAAAGCAAUAAUAGUGGAGGUGUAGGAUCACAGAGUCUAACAAAGCUGAGGUUCCUUCCCUCACCUCCAUCCCUCCCUUAAAUGAGCAACUGGGAGCUUGAUUUUUCCAGACCAUUUUCCGUCCACAGUGGAGGAGAUGUGGCCUACACAGCAGAGGAAUCUCAUAGCCCCAUCAUGUUUGUCAACCUAUAGGGCUCUUGUCUUAAAUCCAUCAAACCUCAGAACAAGAGACAGAAAAACACCAGGAUGCCUCUCCCAGUUUUACCUGCUGUGGCCUCCUUAUAAUAAGUAGCACCUCUCUAUGUCACCUGUCUUACUUCUCCAUCUGCUUUCUAAUUUAAAACACAUGCAGGUGGAAGAAAAACACACUCUCCAACAUUUUUCUUUGUCUUUUUGUUGACGCUAUGCCAGCAUCAUUAGCUGUGACAGUAAUACAACAUCCAUUACAACCCUCUGCCUCAGCUGGAAUGUUUUCGUUCUACCUCUCCCCCUGCCUUACAAAGACGUUGUAAAUACUCAUCAUUUAAUCAGAGGCUUUUUUUUUUUUUUUUUACACUAAGGAGAGAGUUAUCCGUCAAGGUGUUAUCCGUCAUGAUAUCCGAGUCUCCGAGGGACUUCCUGUUCUCCUGGUAUCAGAGAUUAAACCGUCCAAUAUCACCCAGCAACACCGCUUUCCUCACCGGCGACUCUCCCUGCCGCUUCUGCUUCCUUUUAUCUAACGUUUUCUCAACAACUCCGAGAACAAACGCUUCUCACGCAAAUCUGCUCGCUGCACAGGCAGUGCCUAGGAAAUGUGUUCAGACCCCUUUAACCUUUACACACUUUUUACAUUACAGCCACAAACUUUUGAUGUCUUUUAUUGGGGCUUUAUGUGAUCGAUCAACACAAAGUCGUGCAAAAUUGCAAAAAGCACAUUUCCAGCUGCAAGUCUUUUGAUGUGUGUGUCUCUACCAGGUUUGCACAACCAGAGUCUUUUGCAGGAUUACCCUCUUUCUUCCCCUACACUCAGACCAACUUCUCUGCACCCCACCCCCCCCCCCCGUCAUUUGACCAGGGCGCCUUCUUGUACUUGUUUGCAAUGUCCCUGACAAGGUUUUGUUCCACACUGUAAGCAGGACGUUUUGUGUCUUUCUUAAUGCUACUCUUUCAUAAAGGCCAACUUUGUAGAGUACAUGACUAACAGUGUCCUUAUCACAGAUCGCACCUGAGCUCUGGACCUCUGCAGCUCCUCCAGAAUUACCAUGGACUUCUUAGCUAAAGGUGGAUUUGCAUCUGUGCCAUACUCUUUCCACUACCAGAUGAUGGAUUGAACCAAGAUCUUUGAGAUGUUCAAAGCUUGGAUAUAGUAUUGUAAUCUAACCCUGCUUUAAAUUUCUCCACUGCUUCUUCUUCCCAGAAAUAUUACACACAGGUGGUUUCUAGAGGCUUUUCUCUAGAAACCUUUAGAGUAAUCGGUUAAAAAUUCAGCUUUUCAGAUUUUUUUCCCUUCACUCCACAUUUAUGAGCCACUUUGUGUUGGUCUAUCAAAUAAAUACAUUUUGUAGUGUGAGGAACCUUAAAAAAGGGGGGUCUGAAUACUUUUACAAGACAUUAUAAGUGUUGUGCCACCUGCUACAGCUGAAAUCUGGUGCUCUUUGAAGUCGUUGGAAAAGUGCCGAUUACUUGGCAGAAUGUCAGCAAUAGAGUGGCUUGCAAUAUGCCUUUCGUUAUUUGGCCCCAUGCUCUCUGUCCAUGCGUCAGAUUGAUUUGGACCGGUGUGCUGUCGGAAGCAGCGUGGUAACCUGCAUGCCCUGUUUUCCAGUAUAAACUGUAGAUCCUCAUUGUAGAGCAUGGUAUGACUGACAUAUUUCUGUGAUGCCUUGAUGAACUGUCAAAAUAGAUGAACACCAUCUAAUUAUUGAUUGCAUUAAUCUAACCGGGGGGUGGGGGGGUUUGUCUUCCAAACUGGUCCCCCCCUUCCCAACACUGCAUACUCAAAGCAUGAACUUCUUGUAUUUUUGAUGAUUUCUCCUUGCUGUGCAUGUUUUUACAGUAUUUACACACUCAGCAUCUAUGCAGGUGCCUUCUGCAUAGUGGUGAACUCUUAACUGUUAACACAUCUUCGAUCUGCCAGUUGCCAGUAUUUUUUUUUUUUUUUUUUACGGACAGAGAUGUUUCUUUGUGAAAGGUUUGCUGAGAGCAGACUAAUAACCACACAUGGCAGACAGAAACAUGGAAUCUCACAGAUUUAGCUUCCCAAACAGAAGACAGGGAUCGACAUCAUCACUCUUGGUCUGAGCCAAGGUUCCCUAUAUAAGCACAAACAUUAACCAAAUGUACCCAAAAGCAGAAUAAUUGAAUGUUUCUUCAUGCAUUACUUUGGUAGAAUAGUUCAUGAAGUGAACACAAGAGGGAGCAACGAGAUCAGGAGUCAAGCCUGUAACAGAUGAGGAGCAGGGAUCCAGUGGUUUCACCUCCAUUAAAUACAGAUUUUUCUAAGUAUCGUUCUCAAACAAUGGUCCACCUGGAUUAAACUUUUUUCACUGUUAAGUCAGAAUUCCAAGAGGGAAAAUAUGAUGUUUCUCACUGACCCAAACCUCCAAAUCCAAUAUGGCUGCCUUCUGUGUAAAACUUAGUUGCAGUAAAAAAAGAAACUGUUUAUUUGCACUUCUGACCGUUUGUAUCUUGUUAAAUUAGUAACAUAGUGGCCUCCUAUUGUGAUAAUGUUGCUGCAAUGUGAAAAUACUAAAUACAGAGAAAUGUAAUAUUAGAGCUGCACAGAUCAGUGCCUUUUUUUUUUUUUUUUUGAUUCUUUUGAUUUUUUUCCUGUUCAUUUUAAACCUCUGCUCUGCUGUUUUCAAAUUUAACUAAUUUCUCUAAAACAUAAAAUACACAAAUUACCGUUUUCAACUUUUUUAAUGCUAUUAGGGUAAAUUAAAAACAUUACUAUGUUCACAUUAAAAUGUUUAUAUAGAAGACUAAAGUGAUUUGACCAACAGGCCGAAUAAAAAGACAUUGAAAUCAUUCAGGUUAUGGAACAUAAGUAUCUAUAAAUAAAGUCCAACUAAAAUGAAUAGCUUCUUCUCUCCUUCACAUCUCGUGCUAUUUUCUUUCAUUUUAUUUUAUUUUUUGCACUGCUGAAAAUGUGCACCAUCAUUACGUAUUUACAUUAGAAUUACAGGCUGUGUCACACCGUGUUUGCAAGGGAAAAGGUUGGAGUUGUAACGUUCUGCAGCUACACAGGAUUUUAUUAAUAUUUCAGACUUAAAUGAUUACAGGGUUGCAACUUUAAACUGUCUUUAGCAUCUUAUGUUUACAAUUAACACAGAAAGCAUUAAUAACAGCAGUCAUUGUGGAUUUAUUAGACCUCUGCCUUCACUGUGAGACUUCCAUAAGAUUUUCUAAUCCAACAUGUUCCAUGAUGGACUCAACAAGACUACUCAAAAGGAUCAAAUAGAGCAACCUUUGCUGUAAUGUGUUCAGCUUCCUGUAUUCUGCUGAUGUCUGUCUCCCUGUUGCAGCAGCCUCAAUGAAUAGCCAAACCCAAUAAAAACUAGUUUCCCUUCUUAUGUGUGAUGCAUCCACUGUUAAAUAAAACCGUCACCUCUACCCGUCACUCGCCGACUUCUCAGUUGGUCACUAAUUGGUAUUGGCUUGUAAUGAUGAUAGUAUUUAGCCUGGUCACUGACCACAUGAAUCUUGAAACUGGGACUGAUAUUAACAGAUCAAAAAGGCAGCAUAUGUAGCCAGCAGCACUUGUUCCAGGUCCACUACUGUGUGCCUCAGUUUGUUCUGAGACUUCGCAAAAUCUUCUCUGUGCUUCUUGUUUGGGAAUUCUCUGAUUUGAAUUUGAAUAACAUGUUGCUCUAUUUCUUCUUAUUUAGCUUGUAACGUAUUGAUACCAAGCUCUGUUCUGAGUGAAAAGCAGCCCAGAUGUUGGAGAACCACAGCGCUGCACUCAUGUCUGUAACUUCACACAGCUGCUGUUUUGGACCCAGCUUGGUUGACAUUUACAUUAUUUGGUGUCUUUUGGCCCUCAAACAAGACUUGUUAGAAUCUUACAUUCAGUUAUCCAAUCACAGCACUGCUCACCUCCAUGCAUGGAUACUUUGAGAUGUUCUGGUUGUAUUUUCACUGUGGAAAUAUAAAGCACACUUCCCAUCCCUGGGAUGUCCCUUAUUUCUGUCUGCCACUACAGAGACGGGGCUACAGUUUUUUGUGCCUUUACACAAACGGUGGAUGUUACAGUCAGAGUUGGAUAAGCAUGAUUAGCUCCUUGUGUAUAUGCUGUGUGUAUAUUUUUCUAACCCGCCUGCACAAUGAUUAACCAGUUGAGUAUUCUAACCCAAAGCUAAUCCCUCAUAGGGAGCCUUUUUUUGGUGAUAGUUUAUCGGGGGCCAGGGGUGGGGUGGGGGAUCUUUUACCAAUCAGAAUGCUGGGAUGUGUUAUUUAGUGGCAUUAAGGUGAUCUCAUUCUUAUUUAAGAUAAUGAUGGCAAUCAGUAUAGUCUAGCCUCGCUAUUCACGUCACUGAUGGAACGGCUUUUGUCUAAUUUCUUUGGCCUCUGAAGCUCAAAGCUGAGAUAAAUCAGUCGACAUGGAACUGAAUUUAGGAGACCUCACGGUGACUGGCUGAGAUGAUGAUAUGCUUCUGGUGCUGCUUCGUCCGAUUAUGUUUGGAUCUCCUUUUAGUUUAGACAGAAACUGCUCUUUGAUGCAGGACUCACACACAAAGCGAGAGGAGUAAAUCGUAUUGGAAGAGACUUCAUUUUGGCCCAUAUUUUAUUCUUCAAUCUUACCUCUGGCUGUGUACGAAAAAUGAAUGUGACAGCAGAAUUAAUGAUGAGCUUGACUAUGAUAUGUUAUCUGUACUAUCAGGUUGGAACAACCCAGCCUCAGAUCAGUGAGGAGACAACAGCUCGUUAAAGAAUGAAUUACAGUAUUUAAAUUCAGUAUAUAUCUGAAAAUGCAUAAGAAUCAUGUAAAAUCUUGUACUGAUCAAAUGAUCUCUUAUGGGCAACGUAUUACAAAGUUGAUACUUUUGAGGCAACUAUAAUUUUUUUCUUUAUUCUCUGAUGUCAAAUGUGAUGAACUGUAUACAAUGAAAGUUAAUUUAAAAUCUCAAGCACAGCAUCAUUUGUUUGAUAGUGGAGACUGAAUGUAAAACGUAAUAAUCAAAUGUCUUGCCUGGAUUUUUAUUUUCCAGUGGGUAACUCUUUGCAGUGUGGCUUUCCUUCCUCUUCAGUUUGUCUUUUAAUGCAAUGUUGGUAUGAUCUUGUUACUUUUCUUUCCUUUUCUUGAUUUUAAUGUGAAGCAGCCUACACUACAAAGGCCCUGUGGGUCACUGUCUGAGUUUUACCACAUGAUUACGACUUUUGUUCUCUACUAUGACCACUACUAAUUAUCAUGUAAUUAUAGUGAUAAAUGCUGAGAAUUACUUGAAAGUGUUGUUCUUCAAUAAAGUUGAACACAAAAAAUA